AUGUUAGGAACAACAACACCAAAAACACCAAUAUCUCCUCUUAGUGGAAUGCCAACACAAGGAUCUUCUGAUGAUUCUCUAAAACAACUUCAACAAUCGUUAGGAACAUCACUUAAUCCCAACUCUUCCGAUUCAAUGCUCUUUUACGCCUCACAGUCUCUGGAGAGAGGAACGAAGGUGCUAGACUUUGCUGACUUUUUUAAAUUUCAGUUGAGAGAAUAUGAGAAGAGCUUACAAACUGUCAACAAGUCUCUUCUCCCACUCGAUGAAAAAAUAUCAACUCUUGACGUUAAGGAUCAUAAGGAUUUACAAACAUUUCUUGCUAUUCUUCACCAAGGAUUCAUUUAUACAAAUAAUCAAAAUGUUAUUCUUCAAGAACGAAUUGACAGAUUACAAUCGAAUGAUAUAGAGAGUUUCUCAAAAACAUGGAAGCUCAUAAGAGAUUUCAAUACAGAAUAUGUGAAAACUCAAAAAAAGAAUAUUAAAAAGAGAAGAAAGGUGCCAACAUCUGUAGAUGAUCAAAUUAGAGAACUUAGAGAAAAUAGAGGAUUGAAAAAAAAGCUCUACGAAGGACUUGGAGAUUUGAGGACAGUAUUUGAAGAGUUUGUUCAUUCUCAACUAUUUUAUCACAGUAAGUGUAUGGAAAUGUGGGCAGCUGUUUGGGAAGAAACUCAAAAGAAUAAGAAGGAAGAACAAGCUCGAAGAAGACAAGAAGAGGAGGACGAUGAAGAAAAGUUGAAUGAAUUGCUCAAAGCCUCAAGUGUUUUGCACCAAAAUUAA